AUGUCCUGCUGGGAUGCCCAUGGCUCCAUACACAUGGGCGUAGUCCCUUCCACACAUAACCAGUGCUUCAAAUACUUGGUGGAUGGGGAAGUUAAAAAUGUUUGGGCUGACAUUGACCUGUUCAGAGGCGAAGGGCAAGCUAUAUUUGUCCUCUUCGACAGAUCAAUCAAUCUAUUCCCAGGAGGCAGUUUAGUCAUUUUGACUACUUUUGGCAAAAACGAUGGGCCGAGUAAACGAGUUGUCAUUCACAAAAAGGCAUCAUUACCAAAAACAACAUCUGCUCCAUUAAAGGUAAAACUCAAUGGUCGUAAAGCGAAGAAAAGGAAUGCUAGCCUCACAGUUCAAAAUGAGAGUGGCAUGCUCAAAGUUUCUCUUCGAAGGCCACAGCCAGAAACUUCCGAGCCUGAAGUGGUCACUUAUAUGGAACAAGCUAUGUUUAGAGAAGAUGAGGUGAAUACAAGGCCAUUUCACAUCUCUGUGUUCAAAACGCCUAGGGGGUAG